GUUCCGUCCCAGUCAUGAUCUUCUACGGCGACGGCGGCAGCGGCGGCACGAUGGUCCUCCCGCCGCCUCCUCCUCCACCCGGGCACCACCUCCUCCACCCGCACCCGGGCAUGGUCGUCCACCUGCCAAUGCAGAUGCCGGUGCACAUGCACCCGCCGCCGAUGGACCAGUUCGCCUUCGCCCGCUUCCACCUCGAUCCGCAGCCGCCGGCGGAGCUCCAGGUGCGGGACGUGUGGUACUGGAACCUCGCGGAGGAGAUGUCCGCCAUCACCGCCCUCCUGCCCACGCACCCCGUGGUGUGCAUCGACACGGAGUUCCCGGGCACCGUCUACGACUCGCCCACGCCGCGCUACCUGCGCGACCCGCACCACAACUACACACUCGUGCGCCGUAACGCCGACGAGCUCAAGAAGCUGCUGCAGCUCGGCCUGACCCUCGUCGGAGCCGACGGGCCCCACCCCGUCGUCUGGCAGUUCAACUUCUGGGGCUUCGACGAGGCCCUCGACCCGCACGCGCCGGCCUCCGUCGCCAUGCUCAAGGCCCACGGCAUGGACUUCCACAACCUCCGCGAGCACGGCAUCGACCCGCUCGACUUCGCCGCGGAGUUCGCGCGCUCCGGCCUCACGCGCAGCCACCGCUCUCCCGACCUCACGUGGGUGGCCUUCUCCGGCUCCUACGACUUCGCCUACCUCGCCAAGGUGCUCCGCGGCGGCAGGCGGCUGCCGGACAAGCUGGACGACUUCCGGAACCUGGUGGGGAAGCUGUUCGGGCCCUCGGUGCUCGACGUCAAGUACAUUGCCAAGGCCUGCGGUCUGCGCGGCGGGCUGGAACAGGUGGCCGCGGCGCUCGGCGUCGAGCGCGCCGCCGGACGCGCGCACAACGCUGGCUCUGACAGCCUGCUCACCGCCGACGUGCUGCAGGUCAUGGUGUCGCGCUUCUUUCCCCCCGACUUCGACUUGCGAACGAUUUACGGAGGAGCCAUCGAUGGCCUCGCUGUGUGA